AUGGACUCCGAAAAAAUCAACUCCACCCCUGUGCCAGCCUACGAGCAACACCCCAGCCCGGAAACCCACCAGGCACAGGCCGCGCCUAUAGUCCCAGCCCCCCAAAACGCACACAUGCAGCCUCAAGCACCCCUCCCCAAAGACCAUCCCCAGCAGCAGCCAUUCGCGCAGCCCCCCGCGCCGGAAUACUACGCCGCAGCGCCCGGAAUGGGCCACCCAAGCGGGUACAACAGCGCGACGCCGCUGCACGCCCUGCAGCGCGGGCCGACGCCCGUUGAUUGUCCUGUCUGCGGACAGCGGGAGAUGACGCGCGCAGAGGCGCAUUCGGGGAAUACCACGCAUGGAUGGGCGGCGGUGCUGUGCUGCUGUUUCUGUCUCGGGUGUAUACCCUACCUGAUGUCGUCGCUGAAGGAUGUGGACCAUUACUGUGGGAAGUGUGGGGUGAUGUUGGCGACGUGGCAUAACAGUGGACGGGUGGAUGUGCAUCAUGCGGUUAGGAAUUAG